AUGACUGGCACCCAAAAACACAAUUUGACACUCCUUAAAAUCCCAGGACAUGUAUUUAUUGAAUCACCAAAUUCACACAAGAUUAUUAGUUUUUUAACUAAAGUAUUGAACACAGGUUAUAAUAGGGUUAAGGUCAAAUUUGGAGUGAUUAAUUCUACGAGGAUCAAGAAUGAAACUGCAUUUGUUAAUGAUUUGGGUAUAAAAUCUUCUGGGUCAUUUUUAUGGUUAGUCAUUGCAAAUGAUAAAGAUUUUGAUCCUGAAGUGGUUUUGAAAGAUUUACAAGAAGGUUUAUAUGAGACUAAAGAAGCUGGUAUUGAUUUGUCCUUUGAUGAAUUAGAUCAAAAGCAAGUAUUGGGGACAAUUGGGGUUAAACCUAAGAUUGAUUCAAAAUUGUCAAAAGGUAAAGGAUGGGAAAUAACAGGGUUUACAUCUUUUUUAAAAGGAGUUGGUAAGUUUAUGAUAACAGGGUUGGAAAAAUUGGCAAUAGAACAAGACUUGAACUUUCUAUUUGCAACAGUUAUUCAAGAACACGAAUUAGUUCCAUAUUAUGCCAAGUAUGGGUAUAAAGAGACAGGUGUUGUGAUAUUGUUAGAGGUGGAUCCUGAGACUGGGAGAGUUAAAGGAGAUGCCUUAGAAGAUGGAAUCUAUGCCACAAGAGAUUUCCAUGUUGCAGAGUUGAUAAAACAUUUGAAAUGA